AACAUUGAACCCCGACAUCUAGCGGAGGGUGAAAAAGACAAUUUGACAGAUAAAACACCAAGGGCGCCACAUUCCUGAGCUGAAGUUAUAAAAAUAGAGUUGAAGUUGACUUGAGGUUUUGUCUCUUUUGAAAAACUAACAAUUAUUAAAGAAGCACACAAAAAAUCCUGAAAAUUAGACGAAGAUGGGCUCGUCAUUAACCCUGCAGAUAUUGCUUUACCUGUCCACCUUUUACUUUGGAAUGUUCAUGCUUUGCGAAUUUGGGCUGCUUAUAUUUAAGGGAAUGCACCUUCCCUACCCAAGUUCUGGAAUGUGGAUAGACGGCAUCUUAUUGAUUUUGCUCGGAGUGAUUGAAUCCUUCAGACUUCUCGAGGGACAAAAAGCGAACCUAACAAAUAUGCAAAACAGAAUGGCCGUGUCUCUGGCUCUGUGCAUUCCAUCAUCUCUGGCAGUUAUUUACUUUGCUGCGUGGCAAAACUAUGUUCUGCGCCUGGAACUUAUUCUCUGCAUCAUUCAACUUGGCAUGCAAUUAAUAGAAUUUGUUUUGGGGGCUGUUGAAUUGAUUGGUAGAUGA